AUGGUGGAUGGUAAGGAGAUCAAAUUAGGGCUAUUUGCUGAUGAUUUAACAGGGUUUUUGAAGAACGACAAAUCUCUAAUAAAGUUCCUCGAACUUGUGUUGCUGUUUGGUAAAUGCUCUGGUCUCGUUACAAACCGUGAUAAGUCGGAAAUAUUGUUACUUGGAAACUCUUUCCCCGCGCCCCCAACCUUAAUCAUACUCCUUUUAAAGACCUAAAGAUAAAGAUUUCCGUAAAGAUUUUAGGGGUAUAUUUCACGUAUGAUCGCCGUCUCAGACGCAAACUUAAUUUCGAUGAAAUUACAAAAACCAUUAAGGAUAAGUUAAGAAUUUGGAAAUGGAGGGAUCUUACUAUCAUUGGUAGAAUUCAACUGGUCAAAACAUUUAUUAUCCCCACUUUCUUAUACCGUGCUAGCCUAAUUUGUAUGGAUAAGGAAUUUGUAAAUGAAGGAAACAAAGUUAUAUUUGACUUUAUCUGGAAAGGUAAAGACAAAGUGAGACGUCGUGUGCUCGUUGGGGACAUUGAAGAUGGAGGAUUGAAAGCUUCACACUUGGAUUCUAUUAUUAAAACUCAAAGAAUAUUAUGCUGUAAAAAGCUCGCGAGUGAAGACCUUAGUAGCUGGAAAAUUAUUCUUUUUCAUUACCUAAAACCAGUAGGUGGCGAAUUUAUCCGUGGCUGCAACUUCGAUGUAAAAAAGCUGCCUAUCAAGCUUCCGGGUUUUUAUGAGGAAUGUUUAAAGGAUUUUUCGCGGUACUCCGCUGCAAACAAGGUUAGUCUAGACAAUAUUAAUGCAGUGGAUAUUUCAAAGAUCAUUCUGUGGUGUUGGUAA